GGAGAGACACAAAGGGCGCCGCCGCCGCCGCCGCCGCCGCGACUUGCGAGGAGGAAUCCCAAGGGAAUCAACCUGAGGUCCCUGCGGGAGGAGAGCAGCAGCGAUCUCCCAAGAGGCAGCUCUUCCCCGUUCCUUCUCCCGCUCCCCACCAGCAGCCUGGGCGAUGUAGACCAAGCCCCAGUGAAGGCACCAUCUACGAGGAAGAGGAGACAAAGGGGGACUCUGCAGCCAAAGUGAUUGUGAGAGGGAAGAAGAGGAAGGUCUCUAGGACAGCCAGGGGAAAGCCCACCCCCUGCUCCCCCUCCCCUUCCCUCUUUCGCCUUGGCCAGCAGCACAAACCCACCGAGUCCUCCAGCUGUUGCCACCUCCCAGCUGUUGGCUGCUGCCUUUUGAUGCAAUGGGGAAUAGCUUCUCCAGCAUCCCAGCGCUGCCCAGGGGCAACCCCAGCCGCUUCCACAGGGUCCAUCAUCAGCACCUCAAAGACUCUGUAGGUGGACCAUUUCCUGCUUCCUCUCACCGAUGCCACCACAAGCAAAAGCACUGUCUGCCCAUCCCACAGUGUGGAGCUCUCUCAAUCAGCCCACUGCUGUUCCACCCCCAUACCAAGGGGUCACAGAUCAUCAUGGACACCACACAGAAGGCAGUCAAGCGGCAGGCUAGCUUCUGUAAUGCCAUCACCUUCAGCAACAGGGCAGUAGUAAUCUAUGAGCAAGUCAGACUCAAGAUCACAAAGAAGCAGUGCUGUUGGAGUGGGGCUCUUCGCCUUGGAUUUACCUCCAAGGACCCCUCUAGGAUUAACCCAGAAACCCUCCCCAAGUAUGCAUGUCCAGACCUAGUUUCUCAGAGUGGAUUCUGGGCCAAGGCCCUCCCAGAAGAGUUUGCAAAUGAAGGAAACAUCAUAGCAUUCUGGGUUGACAAAAAGGGACGUGUAUUUUAUCGGGUUAAUGACUCUGCUGCCAUGUUGUUCUUCAGUGGGGUGAGGACCACCGAACCAUUGUGGGCUUUGAUUGAUGUGUAUGGACUCACACGUGGAGUGCAGCUACUAGACAGUGAAAUUAUUCCUCCGGAUUGUCUCCGUCCAAGAUCCUUCACGGCUAUCCGCCGGCCCUCAUUGCGCAGGGAGACCGAGGACACCCGGCUGUCUGUGAGCCUUUGCGACCUCAACCUCCAGGAGGAGAACUUCCAUGUCAUGGCUGCCAUGUGUCCCAUUCCACAGAACUCCCUCAACUCUCAACAUUCCCACCUUCUCCCAUCCCAGCUUGAAAGUGACCUCCGUUUCCAUCAGCUCAGGGGAGCCCAUAUUAAAAUCCUAGAUGACCAGACAGUGGCCCGUCUGGAGCAUGCUCGGGAAGAGAGAACUUUGGUUUUCACCAGCAGGCCCCUUAGAAUCAAUGAGACUAUAUUUGUCAAAAUUAAUAAAUCCAAUACUUCGCGUCCUGGGACACUCUCUUAUGGGGUGACCACUUGCGAUCCUAGCACCUUGAGGCCCAGCGACCUUCCUUAUAAUCCAGAGUCUUUGGUUGAUCGAAAAGAGUUCUGGGCAGUUUGCAGAGUUCUGGUGCCUCUCCAGAGUGGAGACAUUUUGGGAUUCAUGGUGAAUUCAGAAGGUGAACUGCAUUUGAGCCACAAUGGAGCAAACGCUGGCAUGCAGGUGUGCGUGGACUGCUCCCAACCACUGUGGAUGUUCUUUGGUUUACAUGGAGCAGUGAUGCAAAUCCGUGUUCUGGGUUCUACACUCAUGGCUGAGCGACUGGGCCCAUCUGCACCAAGCUCGCCCAUCUCAUCUCCAAACUCGCCCUCCAUCCUCUGUAGUGGUGCUUCUGAUCCCAUUUUGAGUAUGUGCGGGUCUGGCCCACUUGGCAGCUCAAUCAGUGGCACAACUCCAAACUCUCCAGUCAGCAUGCCAGAGUCCCCUCUUUCCCCCUCCAUCUCAGGGUCCUGGAAUGAUGAGUGCACCAUCUGCUAUGAGAACAUGGUGGACACCGUGAUUUACUCCUGUGGACAUAUGUGUCUGUGCUACACAUGCGGGCUCAAACUCAAGAAGAUGGCCAACGCCUGUUGUCCUAUCUGUAGACGUGCCAUCAAGGACAUCAUCAAGACCUAUCGCAGCACUUAGAGCAACAUGGCAGAAAGGGUAGGGGCUAGGGAGAUGCUCUUUUAUGAAAACUGAAACAGACCAGGGUAGGUGGGAAGGGGUUGUUCAAGUUGCCAGUUUCCCCAUCCUUCCCUGUGUAGCUAACUCUGAAUGUUGCUACAUGUGGGCAAAUCCUAGAAAUCUGAAGUCUAAGUAUUUAUUUCUUCCUUGGCAUCUAGCAAAGAGUUACUGCCAACACUUUGAUGUGCAGCCAGCAAGAAAGGUCGAAUCUCAUGGUUCCUCUAUUCCUGGAUCCACCUCCACUCAGCCACUUUCCCUGCUUCCCCCCCCUAGUUGAACACUGCAAGGAUCAAAUGAGGGAGGGAUGCAAAAUUACCAACUUUCCUUGGACAUGUUAGCUGUUUCAUUUUGUCAAUAAAGUCAACAUUUUGGAAAUUAAGUGGAGUAGAAAAGAAACAAGUCAAAGGAACAGUAGAACCACUUACUGGAGGAGAGGACCCCUCCCCACAGAAAUAUCCCUUGCACGUUUCUAUUCAGACUGGAAGAAACCGUCGCUGCCAGCUUUCCUAGUGGCCACAAAUGCACAUCAGUGGCAGCUGGAUCUGAAGGCAUAUGCUGGUUCUAAGAGAGGUGAUCCUUGGGUGCUUUUUCUUGUGCUAUGCUGCACACAGGAGGCUCACUGCUAACUGACAGCCUUCAUAUUCUACUUUCUACAAACGCUCUCUACCUUUGCACUCCAGUCAUGGCCCCACCCUUGGAAGCAGCUGCUCCUAGUGCUACAACACGAGACUGCAUCUUUGUUCAGCAUUUCCCCCUCUGAUUUGCUUUCUCAGCCCCUUCCCCUUUUAGCAUUGCACCAGGAGGCUGUUUUCAAUGGCCGAAGGGGUGCCUUCACACCUGUUUUCUACAAAUGAUGGGGCACAUUAUAGAAGCCAUAAGGAAGAAGGCACACAAGGGCCUUUUAUCAGGACACUGAACAUCUGUCUCAGCUUUUAAGGAAAGUAAAACCAUCAGUUAUUUGAGAACUUGUGGCCAAGCUGAAUGUGUGACACCGACCUACAUCUAGUUUUGUUAUCAAGACAAAGAGACCAGAAGCUUACUUUUAAAAAUUUGUUUAUUUGGUUUUAUGAAGGAUUUUUAAAGCAUUCUUCCCAACAUGUGAAGGACAAUGGUUUUGGCCUUCCUUGCUCCCACCACUGUGAAUCUGCCUGGUGUGACUGAAUUCUUUGUAUUUCCCUCCAUGCAUUGUUGCAACAGAUUGUGCCAUGCUGGAAAAGCAUAAGGCCUCAUUCUUCAACAGUCAACUGUUUUCUCUGCUCCAGCUGACAAAUCUCAAACAAGUCAGAAACUGCAAUCAUAUCAUCACUUGGCUACAAGUGGACUGACCACUCUUGAAAUGCCACAGGGUAUGCCCAGCUGGGGGAAGGCCACAGCUCAUCUUACCAUUCUCUGCUUCCUGAUGUGGACACCAGGGUGGUAGUAGGAAAAACGGUAGAUUAAGAGAGAGCGCUCUGAAAGGGAUGGUGGGUUACUGAUGGCUGAGACUUUAAUUUCCCUGCACAAAAGGUGUUUUCCUUCAUUCUCACCAAAGUCACACCAUGCUAAAUGUAUAGCAUUGGGGUUCCAUUGUGAUGAGCAACUCAUAGCAGGAGAAGGUAGAAAGCCCUUGAAUCCAGCUGUCCAUAGGAAAUGAGAGGACUGGGGCACAGCAGUUCUAAAAGACCCAAUUCCCUGUAAACACCUAACAGUUGCUGCCUGUAAGGGAAAAGGAGGAGACUCUUGUUUGAUGUACGUCCUGUCUGGUAAAACUCUUGAAUCGCACUGGUCCUCCUUCUAGUACUUGCAGUCUGAGCACUUGGGAUGCUUCAACCUGUGGGGCCCCCAUUUAAUUCACAGUUUACAGCAGGGAUGGGGAACCUGUAGCUCUCUAGUUGCUGUUCAGCUGCCAUCAGCCUCAGCAAGCACAACCAAGGGGAAGAGAUUAUGGGAGCUAUAAUCCAACACUACCUGGAAAACCACAGCUUCCCUGUCCCUGUGUUAUAGGGAUCAGCUGGACCACAUCAGUGACAUCUCCCUCACAAAGGCAUUGUUCAAAAGAACUCUCUUUCUCCCUGCCACCACCCCAUCUAGGCAUUCCCAGUCCCAUACUGCCAGCUUGCCUGCAGCAUUCAUGAAACAAUCAUCUGUAAAGGCAUUACGGUGUACGAUCCUAAGAGCAAUGCCACCUCUUGCAGUUUACUGUCGACAUUGCUGGAUGUGCAGCAAACCCUUCAGGUAAAAUUGCCUCUUUGGGCACAUGACCAUCUGGGCCUGUACUGUUCAAAUGAAAAUCCUGUCUGGUUUGGCCCUCAGCCUAUGCUGACUUGGUCUUGUACCACCAUUGCAUGUAUUGGAUUCAAGUGCUGGAAUGUUACUGCAAAUGCCACUUUGGAAAUUUGCACAAAGCCAACUCAGCACUGGCCAGGAGCCAACAAGCACUUCCGCAGUGGUUGUCAGUCCAAGUAGACUCUUAUUGAGGUGAUGGAUGUUGUGCAGUGUGAUAGGUGCCAUGCAGUUCUGGGAAAAACUACACAGGCGGAUUGUAACAAACCCUUCCAUGAAGGAAGCCUGUGUCUGGCUUGGUCAGAAACCAAAAACAGAAGCUUCAGUUCCUAAGAGUUUGCUCACACCAGUCUUGUCCCUGCAAAAUUAGCAGCUUCUUCUGCCUCCCUCUUCCUAUAAAAAAACUCCCCACAAACCACCACUGUGUCUUGCUUUGUCUUCCCAUCUCUGUGAGAUUAUUACUAAUUUCAUUUGUUGGUCGACUCAUACCCGACGGUCUCCAGUGGAUUUACAACAGAUUUAAAAAACAUACAGUAUAACACAAAUUUAAAGACAUAUAACAUAAAAACUUAAAACCCAAAUGAAAGAACCUCUGUGCUGGCUAAUUACACUCUAAUCUCUAUCAACAACUUCCCAUCUCACUAGUAACUUGCAUCUGACAUGCCUCAGUGUCAAGCACUUGCAAAGCCUUUUUUAAAUGUUAGCACAAAGGCUCAAACUCCCUAUCUAUAAUUUAAGAGGCCCAGAUGUAGCAGGGACAGCUAUACAACUUGUCUUUGCCUUUGGCAAGCAGGACAUUGAAGGUUAAUUUUAUGCCAUUCAGCUCAGGAGCCCUUUCCUCCUAUGGCACUAUAAAACCACCAGAUCUGGCAAGGCCAUUCAGAACAGAUAUCAGUCUCCCAUUGAGUUCAUUGCAUCUGUUCCAAUGGAAGUUGGCUCAGGAGCACCCCUGGCAUUAUCUUAUUGAUACUCUAUAGCAGAGAUGGGGACCCUAUGGCCUUUCAGAAGUUGUUGGACUUAUAUCAGCCCUAGCAAGCAUGUCCAAUGGUCAGGGAUGGUGGGAACUAUAGUCUAGCAACAUCUAGGGCCACAGGUUCCCUAUCCUUGUCCAGUGGACAUAAGUAGAUAGGAGAAUUACAAACUGAGGCUGCAGUCAUAUGCUCACUUACUUUGAGUUCUACUGAGAUUUACUUGGAGUUGUCAUAGCUUGGAACAUGCAGUGUGUGUUCUGCCAAGUUCCACAGGGACUAGUUACACUAUAAAAAUUACAUGCCACAAAAUAACAUUUAUAUCAGCAAUUGGGCAAUGCAAAAUAGUAAAACAGCAACAUAGCAAAGAGAUAGGCAUGGUAUUAUCUGGAGGUUUCAUGCAAAACACAUUCACCCUGAAUGUGAUCUGGUUCUGGUUCUUUGUGAACAAGGAACUCCUUUCCCCAGAAUAGCUUGCUCAGUUAUCUGAAUGAAGGAAAUAGAUCUGCGUGUGCAUUUCCUUCCCAAUGCAGAUUUGUUCUCUCUGCUUAGCUGAAUGUGGCAGUCUACAGGGAUAGGAGCCUCACAUGUAGGGCUUUGGAUCAAUGUGUUUGUGGCUCCCACAUGGUAUCUACAGUCAGAAGUAAAGACUUGCAUUGUUGCAUCCAAGAUACCGGUGGUGAUAGAAAAUACCAUCAUUCAUUUUUAAUAUUUUUAUUAUAGAAUAGCCAUAGUGGUGGGAGGGGUGCAAUGCAAUUGUUAAUAAAUAGAGAAAGUGUAAGAUAGCCAGAAGCUUAAAGUACUGUAGCAACAAGAGCAUAUCCUGGACUCACCAGAUUUUGCCCAUCAUUAUUUACAUUGCCCUAGAAUGUAUUUUAAUAUGAGAAGGUGCUUUGGGAAACUUCAGCCCAGAGCUUAAUCUUCUUGGCCACUAUGCCAUAGAAACUAGCAGCUUAUCUUAAAUGAUGGAUUUAUAGUUAAAAUGCUGUGUAUAGUUGAUGCUGCCAUCAUGCAUGGGAAAAAUAUUGGCUCUAGAAAAGAUAUUUGCUAAAAAUGCAUUUAUUAAUAAUAUCCCUUUUGGUAUUACUGCUACAGGGAGCAUGCUCCUUAUUUUACAUAAAACUGUGGCUAGUAAAAUUACACUGCACACAUAUCUUAAAAGCAAGGGGUGUGGUUUUCAAUUCAUUUUCACUGUUGAAGCUUCCUUUGUUAGGUUUUCCACCUGUUUUGAUAGCAUUCAUUUGUUUUCCCAUUGAUUUCAGUGGAAGACCCAGGUAGUCUUCUGUUCUAAUUUGGAUGCUUUCCAUCCAAAUGGCCAUGACAUUUACUACCUCCCCAGGGCAUUAGAUCUACCAAAUGGGCCCCCAUUUUAUAGGCUUUUUAAAAGGUGCAUGGGCCCAGCCUAACUGCUCUCUGUACUAAAUACAGAGCUUUCUACUCUGGUGGUUUCACUGGUAUCUCUUUUUCCCCCUCCCUGUGACAUUUCUGUGAACUAUACAUAGAGUUCUAGCCUAUUUCUUCAAUGUAAAACCAAUGCCUCCAAAACAAAGCAGUUAAAAACAAAAUAAUGAACAACUUUUUUGUUUCUAAAACAAUUUAUUUGGACAAGUGCAUACUCUUACCUAGAAGGCUAAAGGUAUUCAAUUUCAGAGUAGAUGGGUCUUAAUUCAGAAGUGCAUGUGAACCAUGAUGGGCUACAUGCACAGCUACAUUCAGCUGGGUACCUAGAGAAGUAAACUGUGGUUGCCUAGAUCAUUUAUUGGAAUGAAUGAAUCCAGCCUUCAUCUUUCAGUUUCUUUCCUCAAAAAAUUGAGAUUGCAGCUGUAAAAUUGACUGGGCGAGAGGAAGUACGUUUACAGCCCUGAAUGUAAGGAUCUUAAAGGUGAGCCAUACUUAUAGUAUCCUCUUGUGCACACAUGGACUGCUGCUGCUGCUGCUGGAUUGGGCUCUUGUCUAAAAUGCUGUAUUCCUCAUACUAAUGAAGUUGUUCCCAUGAUGUGUUGAAGUAGGGGUAAGAGACUUUUACGGAUUGGGCUGCUGUGAUCCACUUUUUUAUCAUUAUUUUUUUCCUUAAAUAUUAAUGGGUGGGAACGUUUGCAAGUCAAUAAAAAAAGUAUCAUUCACAGCCUUUUCAUGUUUGCAGAAUGCAGCUCCUGCAACAUUUCCAACACCUUGGUAAAUGGAAAUGGACUGCCUUCAAGUCGAUCCCGACUUAUGGCGACCCUAUGAAUAGGGUUUUCAUGGUAAAUAGUAUUCAGAGAGGAUUUACCAUUGCCUCUCUCUGAGGCUGAGAGGCAGUGACUGGCCCAAGGUCACCCAGUGAGCUUCAUCAAAACAAAUAAUGUGUCCACAUUCUGUCCUUUCUCCUUCUCCUUCACCUUCACCUAAUAAAGGAUUUGUCUUGACAGAAGGAUGAUGUGUUCCUGUGGUGCUGCUAAUUUGAAGGAACUGCAUUCUGAAACCAUAAUAUGUAGGCGGUGAUGGAAGGAAAUCUUUUUGCUUCAGUUUGAAAACAUGCCCACCCUUUUAGCCUUUCACAGGAACAACAAAACUUAAUCUGCUCUAGUGAGAAAAACUGGAUAGAAGUGAAUCAAAAAGAACCUCACAGUAUACAAAUGUCAGAAAGAGGGACGAAGUCCAUGCUAAAGGAGUACAUCAUUAUCUGCACUGCUUCUCUGUGGCAACUGAAAAAAAAAACUUCAGAAACACAAAGUAGGAAACAUGUACUGAUGUAAAGGCCUUAGGGUGUGUCAAGCUCCUUGCCAGCAGCAUGCUAUUUCUUUUGUCCAAGAUAAAAGGGACAAGACAGGCACCAAGGCCCGAUUCACAAAUGCUCACACAACAGUUUGAACAGAAAAACAGAACUGUGUUGAUGCCAGCUUUGACUUGUUUAGGGUUGUGCACACAUAUACCUGAGCCAGAUAGUCAGCACUCCCCACAAGGUAGCCUCUUCUUCCUUAUUCCCAGCAGCAUUUACAUAUGCAAGAUCAAAGCCAAAAGGCCAAUCCAUACACAAAAACUUGUUUGCUCAUACAGAAAUGUGAGGAUGGCAUUUGGG